AUGGCGUAUCUCCUUUAUUGUUUCAAACGGUACAAUCCCAGGCAGAAGCUGAACCUAAACUUUAUUGCCGAUCCUUCUCCUCUACCGGAAGGCAUCAUUGAGGAAAUGAUCAAAGAUUAUGAGGGGAAGGAUGCUCCGGAAGAAGCCUCUGCUGCCGAGGACCCUGCUGCUGCUGAAGAAGCUCCUGCUGAUGCCAUUGCUGAUGGGGGCGCUGUGGCUGCUGGUGAAGAGGCUACCGUCUGA